AAGAAGAAGAAGAAGAUGGCUGGAAAUGUGGAGUUUAUUGGUGAUGAUGUAGAGAAUGGCUAUAAUGCAAACAAAAUCCAACCAUUUGCCACACCAAAGUCAGAGCAACGGUUGAUUGUGGGAGAAAAAGACAAGGAACAACAUCCCUCUAAAUGGAAUAAGAUGUUGGGGUUGCAAGAUCUUGUCUCUGUGAACGUGUGGAGAGCAUCAUUGGCGGAGCUCUUGGGAACGGCAGUCCUUGUUUUUUCAUUGGAUACCAUUGUCAUCUCCUCCCUUCAGACGGAUACAAAGACGCCAAAUCUUAUAAUAGCACUAUUGGUUGUGAUAAUAGUAACAAUUCUCCUUCUUGCUACUUUUCCCAUUUCUGGUGGUCACAUUAACCCAAUUAUCACUUUCUCUGCUGCACUCACCGGCCUCUGUUCCAUCACACGUGCCGUCAUUUAUAUUUUCGCUCAAUGUGUUGGUGGUAUAGUGGGUGCAUUAGCACUAAAAGCUGUUGUAAAUAGCAGAAUGGAAGAUACAUAUUCACUUGGAGGUUGCACUGUCACUAUAGUAACACCGGGAGAAGAUGGCCCAGUUGUGAUUGGUCUGGGAACAACCCAGGCUCUUUGGCUUGAGAUAAUUUGUUCGUUUGUCUUUCUUUUUGCUUCAAUAUGGAUGGCUUUUGAUCAUCGACAAUCCAAAUCUCUGGGUCAAGUUUCUGUUUUCAUAAUCGUUGGAACAGUAUUGGGGUUUCUUGUGUUUAUAUCAACAACUCUUACAGCUCAAAAGGGAUAUUCUGGUGCAGGGUUGAACCCUGCAAGAUGUUUGGGUCCAGCCAUUGUGAGAGGAGGUCAUCUCUGGGAUGAUCACUGGGUCUUCUGGGCGGGUCCUGCUAUUGGUUGCGUUGCUUUUGCCUUGUACACUAAGCUUAUUCCACGUGAGCAUUUCCACACCUAUGCAUAGAAGAUAUAUUCAUUUCCUUGAUUAAUGUAUUGAUUAAAAUUUCCUUCAAUCUCUAUCUAAUUAAAU